AUGAAUAAGCAAAGACCCUUUUCUGCAGCUAGAACUAAUGAGAACUACCCAAGAUCUAAACCCUUUAUAAAGUAAACAUAGAAACCAGAUGCACCAACACCAAAACCAAAGCCUGAAUGGAAUGAUUGCUUGGCUGAAAAUCCCCAUAAGAUCUCAAGAGCAGAAGUAUUAUAGAGAAAAUUAAACGCCAAAUCUAAGAAUGAAUAAGCAGCGAAAGAAGAACUCUAGGCUAAAUAUGAAAAACUAAAGCAAGGAAAGAUUCCUGAUGAAUACAAACCAUUUGCUUAAAAGGGUGAGAAGAAAUUUGUAGCAAAUGAAGCAUUUAUUACUAACAAAGACUUAAAAAGAUAAUAUGAAAAUAGAAGCUAUGUGUCGCAAACUAGCCUUCAUCAAAAGCAGUAGAAAUAAAGAGAAUUAGAAGAAAGUAGGCUUUAAUAGGAAAUGGAAGAUGAAAUCAAAGUUAAAAGAGAGACUACUGAGAUAAAAAUCACCUAUGCUCAGUAAAGUAUAAAUCAAACUCAUUGUUAGGCUAAUAAUACUGCUGCUGCUCGAUAAAUUUUGAAUCAGAGUCAAUCUCAACAAGACUUUUCUAAAGAUUUAGAAGGUCUUAUUAAUGCAGACUCUAGGUUCAAUCCAACAAACUUCUCCAUAUAGUUCAAUAAUGAAACAUAGAGUUAAAAUAAUUAAGCUUACCUUUAGAGAUAAUAAUCUCAGAUUGUCUAAAGUCUUCCAAAUACUUUAUUUUAAAAUCAAGCACUAUCAUAAGAAGUUAAUCAGAUAUUUUCAUAUUAACCCACUGUCAACAAUGGAUAUCCAUAGAAUAAUCCCACAUUUUCUACUUAUCAAACUAAACCAUAAUAAAAAGAAGAAUAGCCUGAGGACUUUGACUAUCUAGAUUAUAGAGUAAAUGAAUAGAGGCUAGAAAAGUUGAGAACAUAGAAUAUGUCUCUCUAUUCAAAUUAUUUAAGUAAUGAGCCUAAAGAAUAAGCUUAUUAAGCUCCAAUGAUUUAAUAAAUUUACGGAGAACUUGAAUAAAAGCAAACAACCUUAACUAAAUAGCCCUUAGAUGAUUUAGAUAGUUGCUUCUAGAAUCUCAAUUUAUUGCUAGGGGCUGGUGCUAACAAAUAAUAAACUUAGCAAUAGAAAGAUAAUUAGUUUGAAACCUAAAGUGGCUAUUCUAUUACCCCAAUAAAAUAUAAUUAAAGUAUAAUGGACAGUCCUAGAAGCCUACUUCCUAAUUAUUAAGAAUUAUUUAACUUCCCACCUCCACCUAAAUUUGAAGACUAACUAAGAAUUCCAAUUGCAUAACCAACACCUCAGAAUUAGGCAUAAUAGCUUUAUCAAAACAUCUAGUAAUACUCUCAAUAACAGUUCACCAAGUAACCAAUGCAAAGCCUAUCCGCUCCUCAUUUUUAGCCAAUAUAAUUCAAUAACCCUGUUUAAUCUUAACAGCUUUAAAACCAGAAUUACCAUUGUUAACAGCCCUAAGUUUAACCUUAUUAUCAGUAAAAUGUAGUUUAAGAUGAUGAUGAAGAAGACUAGGAAUUCGCUAGAAUGAGAGAUAUGCUUAUGAAUACUCAACAAGAGAUUGAUAAAAUUAUUCAAGGGACAAACAGUGUCCAAGAGAUCUAUUAAAACUCCAAAUAAUCUCUUCCAUCAACGAUGAACGGCGGAUAAAAACCUGUUUAGGAACAAACUUUCAGCAGUUAUAAUCCUAUGACUUAACUUUACUCUGGUUAAGUCAUAGGGGAUGAUGAACUGAAGCCAAGGUCUUAUCCAUUUCCUCAAUCAUUGCAAUAAAAUCACUAUACCUCAAAUGUGUCAUAAAAUCAGUCAUUUCAAUAAGCAAAGCCAGUGCCCUAAUUCUAGUCUUACAAGAGCAAUGACUCUAUAAGUCUGAGAGCAAAUCUAGCUAUUAUGGAGUAUUAAAUUUACAAAUCUCUUGGAGUCUUCUAGCACAAGAACAACGUUAGAGAGCAUUAUUACUGCGUCAAGGAAAUCUUCGAUCUCUAUAACACUAAGGAACUCCUUGAGAAGCUUGCCGCCAGACCAGACAUUGACACCGUCUGCGCCUUCGACUACCUAAAAAUGAAAUAAGGAGCUCUUGAGGGUUCAGGAAUCAACUAUCUUGAUUAUCACCCAGAAGCUAGAGGCAUCAAGAUUCCACAACUAUGA